AUGUUUAGUGGGACCCAAGCUCACAAGUACCGACUCAAGGUCACAGCAGGAGCGGAGUACAACCCAGAGAGCCACAAGAUCGUACCUGUCAACAGGGACCAGACACUACGAAUCGAGAGUGGCCUUGCGACAAGGCUCACGAUCAGGAAACAAGGCUACCCCGACGACUCUCCCAAAACACACCCCUACUUCUCGCACCCCCUCCACCGAAACGACCAAUACUCCAUUUCCUUUGCCAUUGUCUUCAAGAAACCCGUCAACAGCAACGACCUGAUCUUCGGCAAUGACUUCGACAGACCCAUCCGCGACCGCCUUCCACCGGGCUUCAACGCCGCGCUGAAACUCGUCAAAUGGACCAUCGACCCGGCCAUGGACGGCGACGCGUACGCGGAUAAACCACACUUGUAUAGUCCCGCCGUGGCCGCGCUGAACCAGUUCCGGAUUGGGGAGACGAUUGCUAAGAAUGAUGAGGUGCCGACUGUGCAUGAUGUGGUUGUUGAGGAGGGGGCUGAUGGGUCGGGCGUGGAGGAACGCGCGCAGAGGGGCAUUCCCGAGGGUGUAGCGGAGCGGCGCAAGAUGUUCCAGAAUGAGGAGGAGAGGCAGAAGUUUGUGUUUGAGCCAGGAAGGGUGUAUUCGGCGGAUUUUGGGAAUCCGUAUCUGGUUUUCAAUGAUUUCUCGUUGCGGCUUCCUGGGUUGACGGUCCAUGCGACCAAGUUUAUUGACGAGAAGAACCAUGAUCUGCGGUAUGUUUUGAAGAAUAGGGAGACAGGGGAGGUUUAUUUUGUUGUGCUGUUCACGCUCAUCUUGCUGGAUAUGGAAAAAGAGCCGGAGGUCAAGGAGCGCUCUAAGCAGGAGAUCCAGGAGGGCACGGGGAAGCAUGGGGAGAAUGAGGGAAAACUAGGCAAGUUUGAAUGGGAGCCGGAACCGUCAGCGGGGGAUGUUGAGUGA